AUUGUGACACAUUCAGGGACACAACCUUUCUCUGUCCCAGUCGCGCGUGCUUCUCCUGGGACACCAGUAGGUUUAACUGCAGGGGGACAGGAUGUCCCCGUUUCAUCCACCUCUCGACGGACUGUAGCCGGGCAUGGGGACGCUCUGGUCUCGGAGCGACAGCAGCCUGCUGCUUCUCCCGGAGACGGAGACCUCCGAGCGGCGAGCAGAAGACGGACACUCGGAUGACGACUCUCUGGACGGGUUCCACCGGAGAGAGGACAUCGCUCAGUUCCCGUACGUGGAGUUCACGGGCAGGGACAGCAUAACAUGUCCAACAUGUCAGGGGACUGGACGGAUCCCUUCAGAGCAGGUUAACGAGCUGGUUGCUCUCAUCCCGUACAGCGACCAAAGGCUGCAGCCACAGCACACGAAGCUGUAUGUGGUCUUGUCGGUCGUGCUCUGCCUUCUGGCCUCUUCUCUGGUCGCCUUCUUCCUCUUCCCCCGGUCGGUGGUGGUGGAGGAUGCCGGGUUGCGCUCGGUGACCGUGAGGUUUGACAACCCCAAUUCCAAGGUCCUGAUAAACAUGACGAGCACGCUAAUUUUCAGCAACCCGAACUUCUUCUCCGUGCUGGUGCAGAGCGUGAGCUGCCAGGUCCUCUACAUGAAGACGGUGAUCGGGACUCAGCAGCUGGACAAGCCCACCACCAUCCUGCCGCUGGGCGAGAGCCAGAUGAACUACACGGUGAGCUUGGCGAUCGGCAGCACCGCUCCUAACGUCUACGCCUUCUGCACGAUGCCCGUCAUCAGAGUCCACAACAUCGUCGUAUUUAUGCAAACCACCGUGAAAACCUCCUACAUGGUGCGAACGUCCCAGAACAGCCUGGAGGCGUAUCGCUACAUAGACUGUGGCUCCAACACCACGUACCCCCGCACAGACGGACGCGUCUCCCACAGCCCCGGCCUCGUGUGAGACGCCGCCUCCGGACGGGGACGACUCCGUCACCGGCUGCAAGAACAUGCUAA